GCGGCUGGCGGCGGCCCCGGGUAGGACCAUGGCGGACGGCGUGGACCACAUCGACAUCUACGCCGAUGUGGGCGAGGAGUUCAACCAGGAGGCUGAAUAUGGUGGGCAUGAUCAGAUUGAUUUAUAUGACGAUGUAAUUUCUCCAUCUGCAAAUAAUGGAGAUGCUCCAGAGGAUCGCGAUUACAUGGAUUCUCUUCCACCAUCUGUUGGGGAUGAUGUAGGUAAAGGAGCUGCACCAAAUGUUGUCUAUACGUAUACUGGAAAGAGAAUUGCCUUGUACAUUGGAAAUCUCACUUGGUGGACAACAGAUGAAGACUUGACUGAAGCAGUUCAUUCACUGGGGGUAAAUGACAUUUUGGAGAUAAAAUUUUUCGAAAAUCGUGCUAAUGGCCAGUCUAAAGGGUUUGCCCUUGUGGGUGUGGGUUCGGAAGCAUCCUCCAAAAAGUUGAUGGAUUUGUUGCCUAAAAGAGAAUUGCAUGGGCAGAAUCCUGUUGUGACUCCAUGUAAUAAACAGUUUCUGAGUCAAUUUGAAAUGCAGUCAAGGAAAACCACACAGUCUGGCCAGAUGUCUGGGGAAGGUAAAGCUGGUCCCCCAGGAGGAAGCUCACGAGCAGCAUUUCCACCUAGUAAUAGAGGUCGGGGCCGUUUUCCAGGUGCCAUUCCAGGUGGAGACAGAUUCCCUGGACCGGCAGGGCCAGGAGGGCCACCACCACCUUUCCCAGCUGGACAAACUCCCCCACGUCCACCCUUAGGUCCUCCUGGCCCACCAGGCCCACCAGGCCCUCCACCUCCUGGUCAGGUCCUCCCACCUCCAUUAGCUGGACCUCCUAAUCGUGGUGAUCGUCCACCACCACCAGUUCUGUUUCCAGGACAGCCUUUUGGUCAGCCUCCACUUGGGCCACUUCCUCCAGGCCCUCCACCACCAGUUCCAGGCUAUGGGCCACCACCAGGUCCACCACCACCUCAGCAGGGUCCACCUCCACCUCCGGGUCCAUUUCCCCCUCGUCCACCUGGCCCUCUUGGGCCACCCCUGACUCUUGCUCCUCCUCCACAUCUCCCUGGGCCACCGCCAGGUGCUCCACCACCAGCACCACACGUGAAUCCAGCUUUCUUCCCCCCACCUGCCAAUAGUGGCAUACCCACUUCAGACAGCCGUGGCCCACCUCCAACAGAUCCAUAUGGCCGACCUCCACCAUAUGACAGAGGUGACUAUGGGCCACCUGGAAGGCGUUUCACUGGAAAUAACAUGUCCAUAAGAGAAAAAUUACAUAUUCCAUUCUAUGGGAGGCACACGAAAAAUAAUACUCAAAACUCAGGGAGAGAAAUGGAUGCUGCAAGGACACCUCUAAGUGAAGCAGAAUUUGAAGAAAUCAUGAAUAGAAAUAGGGCGAUCUCAAGCAGUGCCAUUUCAAGAGCUGUAUCAGAUGCCAGUGCUGGGGACUAUGGAAGUGCUAUAGAGACCUUGGUCACUGCGAUUUCUUUAAUCAAACAGUCCAAAGUAUCUGCAGAUGAUCGCUGCAAAGUACUUAUUAGCUCUCUUCAGGACUGCCUUCAUGGAAUUGAGUCCAAGUCUUAUGGUUCUGGAUCCAGAAGACGUGAGCGAUCCAGAGAGAGGGACCACAGUAGGUCACGAGAAAAAAGUAGGCGCCACAAAUCACGUAGUAGAGAUCGUCACGAUGACUAUUACCGGGAAAGAAGCCGUGAGAGAGAGAGGCAUCGUGAUCGUGACAGAGAUCGUGACAGAGAGCGAGACAGAGAGAGGGAAUAUCGUCACCGUUAAAGCUGAAGGAAGAGGAACAGCGUGCAAGACAAGAUACAUUCUUCAAGGAAAGAUGCUUGUCCAGCAGUUUGCUUCAUGUGAUUGAACUGAGCCUGUAAGGAUUCAUGGAUAAUAUGAACAGGAAUAGAUCUGAAUAAAGCAAAUCUGCAUACAUGGUAACCAGUAGCUCUUUUACUUUUUUAUGUUGCUUAACUGUUUUAUUUGAGGGAAACCUGUGUGAUUUAAACCUUAUAGCUUUUGCAACUUUAUUACUGGUUAUAUACAUUUGGCAAUUAUAAUGUGCAAGCAAUUGAAAAAAGUCAAGUAAAUGCUUGUUUUUAUAGUAGUUUGUUCAUGUUAAACUGUUCAUAUAAUGUCUGUAUACAGCACCACUGAUUACAGUAGAUGUAGUGUUGUAAUAAACUGUUUAAUGGG